AUGACAGAAGACAGACUGCGAGAGUUAGAUGACAUUGCGGAUCAACAUGAGCUCAAUCGACUCAAGAAGAUGGGAGUUUUGCUCCCGCCGGAGACCGUGAAUGACACGGGUGGCCCAGUCAAGAGGCUAUCCACAAAGAUGGUCAGGACAUGGCGUGAGAAGUCAACGCCCGCCGGUGAACAGAUUUGGUUGCGUAGGAGCCGCUACGUAGCUAGAGAGUUCGCAUGGUUGAGUGAGCGAGAAGAUCUUUUUAGUCCAGCUUCGUCGUCUAUUGCGCAUCGGGUCUUGCCGAUGUUGGUGCUACAGAAUCCAGACUGGGUGUUGGCAACAAUCGACAUCUCUGACGCAUUCCUCACAGUGGAUCAGCUUGAAGCUACCCUAGUUUCGUACAUAGACAAGGAUGGAAAUGAAACGAUGUUUUCGUUGGGAAAGGUUCUGCCAGGUCAAAGGUGCGGAUCACGAGAUUGGUAUGAAUCAUUCACAGACUAUUUGAAGGAGGAGAUUGCAGUUGAAGUAUGCCCAAGUUAUCCCGUCCUUCUUCGUUCAGCUUCGCGAGAUUGUCUCAUGCACCUUCAUGUUGAUGACAUCAUGUCAGGGUGUGAGCGUGAGAGACUGAUGAGAGACAUUAUCCCGAAGCUCAAGAAGCGAUACAAGAUCUCAGUGAACAUUCUCGAAGUAGGUGGAAGUGUUCAUUUCUUAAAGAAGAAGUUCAUCUUGACGUCCCCGACACAGAUGCUCAUAUGCCCGCAUGUAAAACACUUUGACAAGCUGUUCCAGCUCCUGUCCAUCAAGGAAUCAGAUCACCCGAAAAAGAUCCCCUAUGACCCAAAACUCGAUGAGCCUGACUACUCAGCACCUUUGGACGGCGCUGAGUCGACCGUUUACCGGUCUGCAGUUGGGAUACUCCUGUAUCUCAGUCCCGAGCUGGUCGAGUCACAGAAUGCGAUUAGAGCAUUGGCAAGUUGCAUGAGUGGAGAAGGUCUCAUGGGCCAGUAUGAGGAUGUGAUUCCAGUUGAAACAUUGAGUGACAGUGAUUGGGCUUCGAACAAAGCAACGCGAAAGUCUGUACAUGCAGGGACAAGUACGAUGAUUGAUGGAUUGAUGGUGAAGACGCUCCUCGACUUUGCAACUGGCUCCUCGGUGACGGUAAACCACUUCAUGGACUCGGCUGCAGGGAUUUCAUUGAACAAGGUGGACACGAAAAUCAACACGGCAGAUUUAGGCACAAAGGGCUUGUCGAGGGCCCGCAUCAAUCUCUUGCUCAACCUUUGUGGCAUCUUCGAUUGUGAACUUGAUUGUUUGGUAGGAGAGGAAGAGCGUAGACAGUUUGAAGAGCAGAAGGCAGUGAAGCACGGGAAAGCCGUUUUGGGCAAGCUUACGAAGACGCAGAUUCGUAGAUUGAUUGGGAUGGUUCUACUUGGUGACGCCUUGGGCCCCGUCUGCGGCAUGCACACAGAUCGCGACCGAGAUGAUUUCAGCGGCAUGAUCAUUCAUUUGAGCCCGGAUACCAUUGUGCAGAUUGCCAUCCUAUGGGGCAUUGUGAUGGUUGUUGUGAUGCUCAUGGGUGCAGUGGUAUGGUGCUAUACAUUCGGGAGAACCAGUAGGGCAAGGUCUGAUGAUCAUGAUUGUGAGGCGGAUGUUUCAAGUCCCCAACAUCGUGGAGCAAAGUCAAAACUCAAGUCAAAGCCCCCGAAGCGUGAUGACAAAGAUGAUGUUCAUGAUGAGCCUGAGAAUGUAAACGUGAAGCAGUACAGAGCCGAGAUGGACAGAGCAGAGUGUUCGAUUUUUCUUUGCAUGCGUGGUGCAAGCAGUUCGGUGAAUCCCCCCGCGAGCGCGCAACUACAUGAACGCAGUGGCAGUGAAAGCAGUGUGAGCGCGGAUGCAUGGAACCAGUUGUUGGCCAGUGAAUCCGAAGAUGGUCAUCCUGAUCCUUUGAUGUGGGUUGCGCAGUUUCACGGGAAGUGCUAUCACAAGAAAGCUUGCGGGAAACUUGACAGUGCAGCAGCGGUGCACUCCAUGCGGGCGAUUGAGAAGAAGUUGAGGGCAUGCACGUUUUGCCGACCGGGAUGA